AUGCCGACCCAACGCAGCAGCGAGGCCGAGGUCAAAUCGUGGGGUUUUCCUCACGUCUUCACUUGGACCGAUGGACCGAACGCGUAUUAUCCCCCGCAUUCGCAUCGCGGUCUGACAACACAUCUGAUCUUGAGAGGGAACUUGACAAUCACCUAUCCCAAGGAUGAACAGCCCGAGAAGGUUACGUUUGGCGUCGGCGACCGCAUUGAUGUUGACGCUGGCCGCCUGCAUGAGUGA